UCUCGUCGUGCCUGCUCUUCUCGUGUGAGCGGAGGAGGGAGUUCCAAACCGGAGGUGUGUUAGCAGAGUUAGCUAGCAGGAGAACUGGAAUCAUAUCUACCUACCUAACACCUACUCCGUUGAGCGACAUGGAGCUCGAGGACGACACCACGGUGCUCGCAACUCUCAAGUCCUACCAGAGCUUCAUCUCCAUGCCGGAAACACAGCAGCGCGUCGCAAAGCCAAACCCGGGCCUGCACACCCAGUACCUGAGGAGCAUGGAGGGGGUCCAGGACGACAGGAGCCUCCAGGGGGUCCAGGAGGAGCAGGAGAACAGGAGCCUGAAGAGAGCUCGUCUGGAGCUGGAGGAGGCUGCCUGCGUCAGCGCACGCCAGCUCGAGCAAGAGGUAGAGCGUAACAGGGAGCUGCUGGGGCGAAUCAGACGUCUGGAGGAGCGGGUGGACGAGGCAGCCAGGAGCCAAUCAGAACAGGAGGGGGCGCGGCGCAGUCUCCGUAGCAACCUGGAGGCUGUGAACAGGAGGCUGGCUGACAGAGAUGCACAGCUAAGCUCCGCCCAGCAGACUGUCAGCAGCCAGAAUGAUGAGAUCAGAGACUUGAAGCAGCAGCUUCAGACUCAGGAGAACAUCGUCUCUACACACACUCUGGAACAGCAGGCUGUCCAGCAGCAGCUGGAUCUGCAGCGCAGGAAGUACCAAGAGAUGAGUCAGCGUUGUCAAGAGCUCCAGGAAGCCCAGUCCUCCUGCUCCGACCAGGAGAUGAAGAUCAAGGAGCUGCAGCGUCAUCUGGAGCUGCAGGAUCAGGACAGCCUCAUCGUCCAGAACAUGAGGUCAGAGGUCGCCAGGGUUCCUGACCUGGACAAGGAGCUGAGAGCCCUGCGCCAGGAGAACACCUACCUCAGGGAGUGGAGGGAGAGCAGUGGGCUGCUGCAGGAGGAGGUGGAGGGGCUGAGGAGGAAGGUGGAGAGGAUGGAGAAGAUGAAGGAGGAGGUGGUCACUCUGGAGCUUGAGAGAGAGAAGCUGCUCCAGUCUGUGCAGGCCUGGGAGAAGCUGGGUCAGACCACUGGGCUCGACAUCAGGAAACCAGAUGAUCUGUCCAGAGAGGUCAUCCUGAUCCAGCAGAGAGAGAUCACCCUCAAGCAGCAGAACUAUACUCUCACCAGCAGCGUGCGUGCAGCGGAGCGUUCCAGGGCCAGCCUGCAGGGGGAGCUGGCGCUGCAGAGCUGCAGGCUGCAGGAGGAGCAGAACAAGACCCAAACACAAGAAGCUCUGGGCAGACGCCUGCAGAAGAGACUGCUGCUGCUCACCAAGGAGCGGGACGGCCUGCGAGGCAUCCUGGAGUCGUACGACAGCGAGCUGGGCUCAGACUACACCCCCCUGCUGGGCCGCAGGCUGAGGGAGGCAGAGGAGGGCCAGGCCCGCAGCCAGGGCCUGCUGGCCCAGCUGGAGGUCCAGCUGAAUGCUGCUCAGGAGGAGACGGGGGCUGUGAAACGACAGCUGCAGUCUGUGGAGCUAGAGUUGGAGAUGCUAAAAAAACAACAGGCAUCUGUUGCCGAGGGCAAUCCGUUAGUGACCACGGAGGAAGUGAAUGCUCUCAGGCUGAAGGUGGAGGAGCUGGAGGCGGAGAGACAGCGUCUGGAGGAGCAGAACUCCACCCUGGAGAUGAGGCUGGACAGACAGCUGCUGCAGGGAGACUAUGAUCCAGUCAAGACUAAAGUUGUCCAUCUCAGGCUCAACCCCACUAGUGUUGCCAAGCAACUGCGCCAAGAGGAAGUGGAAGUUCUCCGGCAGGAAGUGACACGUCUGAGGGAGCACCUGCGCUCGCUGGCUAGCCCCGCCCCUGACGCCAGCGCUUCCAACGUCAGCAUCAGCCUGCCCCCCUCACAGGAAGUACUGGAGCUGCGCCGUCAGAUGGAGAGCAGCGAGCUGAAGAACCAGCGUCUGAAGGAGGUGUUCCAGAAGAAGAUCCAGGAGUUUCGGACGGUGUGCUACGUCCUGACAGGGUACCAGAUAGACCUGACCACCCACAACCAGUACCGCCUGUCCUCCGUCUACGCUGAGCACAUGGACGAUGCCCUGCUCUUCAAGGGGAUUAGCAGCAAAUCAGAAUCAAUAGUCCUAAUUAUGAUCAUUACUGCUUUAGUCUCUGUCUCUCUGUAUCUCUCUAUGUCUCUGUCUCUUUUCCUGUCUCUCUAUCUCUCUUUUUCUCUCAUUCCAUCUCUCUCAUUUUGUGUGUGUGUGUGUUCCAGUCAUCAGAUCAGGUGUGUGUGUGAGAGAUAGAGAUGGUGGUUUGCAGGUAAAGCAAAUCAAGUUCGCCAGUUGGAGUGUGACAUAAUCAAAACUAAAUUAACACACACACACAUCUGAAACAGUUUGGGAUGAAGUGAAAAUCACAGCUAUCAUCCUGAUUAGAUUGUGUGUGUGAGAGAGAGAGACUGAGAGAGACUGAGAGAGAGAGACAGAGAGAGAGAGACAGAGAGAGAGACAGAGAGAGAGACAGUAAUCACACAAAAGACACAAUAAUCUGAAAUAUGCAGAUGAGACUUUUAAUUUAAAUGCUGAUUCUGGCAUUUAACUCUGGGAUGUGGAGAGGGAGGGAGGUGGAGGAGGAGAACAGAG